AUGGCAGACUUCAUCGAUACGCUGUUCUCAUCCUCACUCCAAUCACGAAGCGGCACAGCCAACUGCAGUGCCACGGAUCCCUACCUCCCCACGGACUGGACAUGUCCUGCCAACGACGACGUUUGCAUCUCCCUCUUCAAUUCCACCUCAGCCUACUGCUGCCCCGCCCACGCCAACUGCAACCGCAUCGACCCCAUCAGCUGCGACAAAAUCGCUCAAGACCCUGCCAUCAACCCAAACACAAGAAUCUUCCUGCUCCGCCAGAAAAGCAUCUUGGAGGAAUGCGGCCCAGGCUGCUGUCCCCGGGGCUACCAUUGCUUAAGGCCAGACAUCAACUUUACGCCGAAAUUCCUGUGUCGUAUCUACGGCGACUAUGCCAUUACGCCGAAGAAUGAGUCUGCCAGCGAGGCUACGCUUGCGAUGCCGUCGAGCACUCCGUCGUCGACCGCGCUUCUGAUAUUGCCUUCAUCCAGUGGCACUUCGCAUAACGAUACAGAGACAGCGGGCCGAAAUCCAGGUCUCUUCGACAGCAGGACUACGGUGGUCGUGGGCGCAACGCUCGCAGCAGCAGUGGGCAUCAUCGCUGCGGUGCUGGUGGCCAUGAUCUACCUGAGGUACGUGAGGAGAGAAGCACAGGCGGAACGUGAUCGGAAGGGUAGGAGGGUGGGAUCGGAGACGGAGCUCCAUCAGUGGUCUUAUGAUGGCUUGAGGAAGGUGCCGCCUUCGAGUUCUAGUAAGAGGUCUUCUGAUACUGUAGUGGAAUGA